GUCGGAGCCGACGGCGGACUGGAUUCAGCUGGACCCGGAACAGGAGUCACCUCACGGUCGUAUUUUUAACCGUGUUUAGCCUAAACCCGGGGGAUAACCACGUACGGAGUCGUGGGGGAUGAAAUAACUCGACGUGUUCGCCUCAGAUGAUUACUGUCGGAGCGCUUUCUUCGUGGAUAAGCCGCCAUUUUGUUUAAUCGUGUGCAAAUGUCAUUUCGGUUCCGAAAAUCCACUUCCGGUCCGGGUUUUCCCUGCUGCCGGGGCCGCUCGCAGGGAGCAGUGGGGAAAACAAACAGGUCGAACGGAGGCAGACCGGAGCCGGUGGAUGUGGAGGCUGAGCACCGGGGAAUGGAGCGGGUUUGUCGCUGAAUGUUUUCGGUGCUGUUUGUAAUCGGUCGGUGCGGUUUGGAUGUGUGUGCGGUGUGAGGCAGGCUCUGGAGCUGUGUUCCUCCGGCUAUGGUGCCCGGGUCCGACCUUCUGCUGGAGCAUACUCUACCGGCUGCGGUUUUGUGUUUUUCUCGACGUUGUUUACCGGUUCUAUUUCGACGUUUAAUGAUUUAAAAAAGAAAAAACACCGCUUUUUUUUUCGCUGCGCCUGAAUUUCCAGAGACUCUUGUUCUGUAGACAUGCAUACGAGGCGUCUGGUCAAACGGUCGAUCCUCGGCAGCCGCGUUUAUGCGCCCAGUCCGACGGGGGACGGAGCCCCGGUGACAGGAGUGGUCCAGGCUGUCAAACAGGAGAACAGGGACGUGUCCACGGCCGCGGGGGCCCGGAGGAGCGUCUACACGGUGCUCAUGCAGGACGGAAGCCUCAAGGAGUUCACCGAAGAGGAGAUAGCUGCAGGAUUCAACCACAGCAAAGGACCACUGAAGUCCAGCCUGAAGCACUGCUCCAGCAAUGGAGACAGCCAGAAGUUGGAGGGUGGCUCACUCAGCCCAGAGGCAGCGGAUGACCAGCGAGUGGUUGAAGUAAAGCGUGUCAGCCGGGACCCCGACACCCGAUCUGUGUCCCUGUUGGAGCAGAAACGCAAGGUGGUGUCAUCCAGCAUUGAUGUCCCUCAUGCUAGCAGACGCUCUGAGGAGGAAGUGGACAUGGAUAAGGUGACAGCUGCCAUGGUACUGACCAGUCUGUCCACCAGCCCGCUGGUUAGGAGUCCACCUGUUAAAGUCAGUGAGGGUCUGAGUGGGUCGUGGAAGGACAACGGCUCAGCUGGACCCUUCACCCCAUCCAGUAACAGCUCCUCCGGAGGCUACUGGAGCUGGUCCGCUCCCAGUGAUCAGUCCAACCCUUCCACGCCCUCCCCGCCUCUGUCCGCUGACAGCUUCAAGCCGUUCCGUGUGCCCAGCCUCGGCGGUGUGGGACCGGGCCCCGCAGGGCCUGAGGACCCCAGCCUGGACGAGCAGGACGGAAGCAGCCUGCUCUUCGAUGAGCCCAUCCCUCGCAAGCGCAAGAACUCCAUGAAGGUGAUGUUCAAGUGCCUGUGGAAGAACUGUGGCAAAGUGCUGAGCACCGCUGCCGGCAUCCAGAGACACAUCCGCACCAUCCACCUGGGGCGGAACUAUGACUCGGACUGCAGCGACGGUGAGGAGGACUUCUACUACACAGAGAUCAAGCUCAACACAGACUCUGUGGCUGACGGCUUGAGCAGCCUGUCCCCUGCGUCGCCCUCCGUUCUCUCCCCACCUCCGCCUCUCCCUUCUCCUUUGCCGUCCCUCAAUCAGCCGUCAGACUCCCACAGACCCCAGCAGGGCUCAGACGUCAAGGAGCCUCACGCUGGGGGUACCACCCCUCUCAGCCGCUCGGCGCCCAGCGCUCUCUACCUCAUCCAUACGGACCACGCCUACCAGGCCACAGCUCCUGUGUCCAUCCCGUCCAGCAGCAGUAACUCUAACGGCUCUGCAUCCACCAGCUUCACUCCCACCAACAGCUCUAGCUUUAGCAUCUCCUGGCAGUCACCGCCCGUCACUUUCACCGGGAACACGGUGUCUCCCAGUAAAAGCCAGGGCUUUGGUGAACAGCGCUCCCAGACCAUCGCCGUCCUCUCAUCCCCUCCCAGAGCCACCACUGCCCUCAGUCGGAAAGUGCGUGGUGAGGGGAAGAAGUGCCGGAAAGUGUAUGGGAUGGAGAACCGUGACAUGUGGUGCACUGCCUGCCGCUGGAAAAAGGCCUGCCAGAGAUUCACCGACUGAGCAUCCAUACGUUCAAAAGAGCACCAUGACAACAAGGAGCUGCUCUCUUUCUCAUCCAACAAAGGGGGAGGGACAUCCAGUUUUUUUCUUUUUUUGCAUGCUUUUUGGUUUUCUUCAGCUCAGAAUUACAAAACUGUCCAUCCAGUUCUGGAUCCACCCACUCCGUUGUCUCCUCACCCCUCAGCUCCACUGAACCAAACCUUUCCAGCCGUAAGCAGAUCCUGAAGCAUGGUGUGGUCAGCUUUUACAGUGCCGUCCAGGAUUCCCAGUACUGCCUCGCCAUUCCCAUCAGUCCCAGUUUUGGGAAACCGCAGUGCAGCUAAACAGUGUAAAGUAAAAGUAGAUCAAAGAGUUUUGCAGUUUUUUUUUUUUUAAAUAUAUAAAUAUAUAUAUGUAUAUAUGUUGGGUUCAGCGUUACAUCUUUCUAUGUUUUUUAAAGCUCUGGUUUUUAAAUGGAAAGUCUGUCAAAGAAAGGGUCUACAAAAGGCCAAAAGUUCAUUAUUUUUUUCUUUUAUUCUGAAGAAGAGUAGGCCUUUGAAGAGCUUUGUAAAAACAAUGGAGGUAAAGUUUGGAGUUUUUGUUCUUCCUUCGACCUGUUCAUCUCCUGUUUUCUUUCUGGACUUUCUGAGGAGAUCUUUUAUUACCAACAUCACAGCCUCUCUCCCCUGUUCUUCAUCCUGACAGCCCCCCGAGGGCAACGGACAGCAGAGCCUGGGUAAAGGCUGGAUACAGCGAGAAAGAGAGAGAUAGAAAGACACACACACACACACACACACACACACACACAAGGGGAAUGAUCAAUGCAAAAAAAGAUCCACUUUCCAGUCAGGGAAUGCAGAUGGACUAUGACAGUGAUGGUGUUCACUUCACACACACACAACUUCAAGUAUUACCACACAAUCGCAACAGAAGACAGCAACUGUUUUGUAUGCCACUUUUUUAUCCAGUUGAUUCAUUUUGUUUUAUCAGGGAUGUGAUAAAGAAAGCAAAACCAGCAGCUCAGACUUGGGGUUACACUGCACACAGCACUAUCUCAAUAGUUUCCUCUCCUUUCAUUAUACAUGACAACUUUUCAACCAAAAACUCAUUUAUCUCCUUUAUGUUUUUGGUUUUUGUUAAGGUGCCAUGUUUACUGUUCAGAUGUUUCCCCCCCUCAAAACCCAGACUGUGUAUGUAUCUCCUGCUACAGAAUAACCUUCCUGACAGCACUGGAAGUGUGAAGUCAGCAGCAGCAGCAGCAGCAGCAAGGCCAUAAAAAGAGAAGCAUCUUUCACCACAUGCAGAGAUACAGAUUGCCCUCCUCUUCAACCAUCUUUGUAAACUUUUCCCAAAGGGAAACGUAACUUUGUGUUUACCACAGAGGUGCAUCUUGAUGAUCUGCAAGCCAAAAUGGGGGAAGACUUAAAACCAAAAGUGAAGCACUUGCACUGUAUGUGGGAAAGCAAGCACUUGGUCCACUCUUCAAAGUCUGUGGUUACUGAGCUGAAAGUCUCCACCACACCUUCUUUAUUUCCACACUUAAGAGGGAGGAAUAAUAAGAGAUUGGACCAUCCAGACUUGAGUACUUCACUGUUUUUUUUCUGAAUUCUUAUUUACUCCAAGAGUUUUAAGAGAAGGUUCGGGAAGAGAAAUUGUGAGCAGUUGAUUGGGUCCCUCUUUUGUUGUACUGUACACUUCAUUCACUGGACAACAUGUACAGUAACACAUGGUUGUCAAGUGGGUGAAGAGGGUCUGUGUUAGCUGUGGCUUUGCUUUGUCUUUCCACUCUCAUGUGGGGUCAGUUACAAUGCAGCAGUUACAUGUAUCUGAUUUAAAUAUGUGGGUUUGGAUUGAAGGAAGCAGAUUAAAUGAGGCCUAACUAGUUUACAUAUGCUCACUCUGUACUCGUAUAGAUGGACCAAUAGUUUUAUCAGUCGGCUGCAUUCAGCUUCAUUAAGGUGUACUAAAAGUGAUGAAAAUGUCCUUUGUUCAAGUUAAGACCAAUAUAUCUCCCAGCUACAUUGUUGUUGCAUUCUGUCUGCAUUGUCAUGUUUAAUAAUCUUAAUUUUUUCUCCACAUAGUGGCUCAUUUGACAUUUAUUCUAAACCAACACCAGCUGAUAAACUUCCACACCCACCCAUUUAAUCUACAGUACUUCUGCCCCUACUUUAUUUUUGCUCAGCUGUAUCUAUUUAUAUAUAUAUAUAGUUCUUGUAUGUUCCAUGUUUAUGACUUUGGUCAUUAUUUCAUCUUCCACGUGUUGUAUGAGACAGGUUUUACAUUUGUUUGAGGAAAUAAUAAUGUUCAGCCUUUUUCAGGCUGCUUUUGUUUUGACAAUAGAGAUAGCCUUAAAGUCACUCUUUUGGAAAUCGCCGUGCUUCUUCUACACUGAUACUUUGGUCUGAAAUAUUUAGAGGAUCUCAAAACUGAUUUGCCAUUGUAUCAUGUGAACGUAUUGUUUAAAAAAAAUUAGACAAAUCUAUAUAUACAGAAAGGAAAAAACAGGCUUGAAUUUAAAUUCAGAACCUAAAGUACUUUGAUUUGGUUGUUUUUCUAUUUUUCUUCAUAUAUAUAAAAUUUACUGUUAUUGGCUUUUGUUUUCAUGUUCUGCUGAAGGAAGUGUGGUUGUACCCAUAGGAGGCAGCAGCUCAGGCCUUCUGUUCCCAGGUUCCCAGCUUGUUCUGCUCUUUUCAGUCAGUGUAAUCUGCAUGCUUCUGCCUACAGCUCCUUCACGUCCCGCUCCCCACUGCUGCCGCUGCUUAGUGAGUUUGUUCACAAAACACAGUUGAUUAAAACCUUUAUCUCAUUUCCAGUUCUCCUCUCAGUGUCAUUGAGGCCCACUUGCAAUUAGUUUGAUUGACAUCUUUGUGUUUUUGUGGCCGUGUGUGUGAACGUGAAGGAAUCCCCCCUCAGGCAAAGCAUGCAGGCUACCACUGAAGCACAGCUCUCUGCACCCCCCCCAUCCCCCCUCCCCUCUGUGCAUUGCUUUGACUCUUUCAGUGGAGUUGCACACCUUCAUCAGACGGCCUGCGGCGUCUGACCCUCCUGUCACUGCAUGUGCAGGUCGAGUCCGCUGUGAGGCGUCUGACAAAGCAACAUGUGUGGGUUAAAGGAUGGGGUUUUGAAAAUGUGACUGAUACUGUUUUUUUUUGUUUGUUUUUUAUUCCUUUAAGAAUUCCAUGCACUUCCCACUGCCCUUUGUCCAUUGUGGUGCUCCGUGUAUGUGGUUGAACUGUCUCCUCCAUUAGUGAUCGGGAAACAAAUUGCAGUCCCCAGCAGGAUUGAAUUUGGUACCACAAUAAGAGUACCCUUAUAAAUGACAAUUAUUUUCAAGGUUUUCACUGAGGUUGAGAACUUUUUUUUAUUAGUAAACACUUAAAAAGCAGUUUUCAUGCAUAAAUUCAGGCUCACUAUAUUGCCAAAUUAUUUCUGUUCAAUCUCAGAUCUUGUUGGUUGUUUAUCUUAGGGAUCUCAGCUUCAAAAUGAAGCCAAAGUGGAAGUAUCUUGAAGUUGUAAUACUGCUGACUUCCACUAUAGGCUGCUCACAGAAAGACUAACAGAUUCAUGAUACUUAGGUUAGGAUGGGGGUUUUACAGAUCUGAUGAAAAAUUGGUGUGGAAAGUCUCCCGCAGCUUUAAACAUCAGUUCAUUUCUCUUGUAUUUGGGCCUCUGCGAGGGGUCUGGUCCAUGUAUAAUUUUUUCUCCAUUAAUCAGAUCUCAGGGCAAAUAGAGGUCUAGGUGUCUGCUGAGUCAGACUUUGAUUGACAGAUUUGUGUGACAGCUUUGCUCGUCUGUCAAGCCGUUUAUUUAAUAAAUGAUAGAUUUUCCCGACGGGCCGUGCCGCUGUAGUUGUGGUCAGUAGGUACCUCUACUAAGACUGUAAAAGUGCUCCAUGAAGUAUACUGUUUACUGAGUCAGUAAGCUAGUAUUAAGUAUUAGCUCACCUCUGAUCCCGCCGGCCUCCUGUGGUUCCACCCCUUUUGUCCAAUUAUGGUCACUUCCAGCUCCAGAAGGCCAGGAAGGAAGAAGUCAGUUAAUUUGAUGCUCAGUGAAACAGCAGGAGAUUAAAGUAUAUUUGGUUAAAUGUUGGUAACUAAUUAGUAGAUGUUAGACAAAGCUGACAGGUCUAAAUGCUGCGAAUGGAGACAAACGAGGUUGAGUAACCGAUGAGAUCUGAGGCUGAACAGGAAAUGUUAUGGGACUUCUAUUUGGCAACUAACUGGUACCUCGUAAAUGUGUUAUAACAGCUGAUAAAUGAUUAAUCAGGUUUCCAUCUUGAUUGAUGUUUUUGUUUUUUUUUAUCCUUUAUGAGGUUAUUCUUAAUGUAAAAUGGUACCCUGCCUGGACAUCUAAAGUGGUAGUGACUCCAGGCAGCUGUUAUUCAAAGAAGCUCUCUCUGGAUGCUUAUUCUAGGUCAGUGUUCACAAAUGACUAAGAAGGAAUUUGGCCAAAGUAAAAUAAGCUCAUCUAAAUUACCUCAAAAAGAUAUUGACGAGUGCUCAGCCCAGGUUGUUAUUACUUUUUAAAUGUUUUUUUUCAUGCUCGUGCUGGUGCUGUGCCCUUGACAGGAGAGAAAUGGAGGUGCUAUAUUCCCAUGCUGUUUCUCCCUUUAUGUCCUGUGAUCAUAUUCAACUCCAUUUUUGUACACGAUGUUAUGCUGUAGAACAUGAAAAUAAAAAACACCCUGCCUCAAGUUUAACAAGUGUCCCAACAUGAGUGGGUCACCCCAAAAGCCUCUCUGUUCUCUCUCCCAAUUCCUUUGAAAAUGACUCUUUUCUAUCAAUUUGUGUGGUGUAGCCCUUAAAGAAAGAACAAAAAAAAUCAUACACUGCAUCCAUAUUAAGUUUAGCAUUUCCUUAUUUGAAACAAUCUGACCAAGCAUGUUCAGUUAAAAGUCCAUGUGGUUGUAUGUUCAGAGGGUGCCAUCAGUCUGUUUUUAUCAGUUGGUUUUAUUUGUUCAGUUGUGGAAGCGUCCUGCUUUCAUGACUACUCAUAGUGCAUGGUCUGUCAAUUUUCCAUUUUCUCCAUGCUUUGGAAAUAACUCUUGGGCCACCAAAAUUCAAUGCAAUGACCAUUACACAUCAAUAAUGUGAUAAAUUCAUUAAAGUGGUUAAAUAAUUGAACAGUUUGUCAUAGGCAGGGUAAAAACCAAACAAGAGCCAAAUACAUUCAGUGGAUUAUGUGUGAAGACAUGAAAUGUGCACAUGUAUGAUUCAAAGUCAUUUAUAACUGAAAAGACAAUUUGCACAAGGAAGAGGCAGAAAACCCAUUUCACAACUAUGUCACAUUGGUUCAAUAAUUAUUUCCAAACCUGUACAUGUUGUAAAGACACAAAAAGUCCUGACCCUCCUGCUCAACAUUCUUAAAAAGUUAGUAACACUUGAAGAGGUUUUGAACCACUAGCCUUGACAUUGUACGUCUUCCCGUUCCCCAGGACUGUGGGGGUAUUGGAUCAUUUGCAUCCUGUUGAGUGAAUCUGGCAGACAAAGAGGGAUCAUGACACUCAUCAUUUUACUCCCAAAUUGACAUGGUAAUGAUGCCAAACGCACCAUAUGGCAUCCUCAUCUCAAUCUGAUCAUCUAACUUAACUCGCAUUAGGGUGCGACUGAGCCUUGAGCUGUGCGACUUGGGGGAGCGAGGAGCUGAGCGGCACUCUGAAAUGGGCAGCCAUUAGAAACGUGUUCAUGCACAAGGACUCAAAGUGGCAUCAAAGAGCCACAAUAGGCGGUCUUGUUGCUGUAGUGAGGGUGAUAUGAAUACUUAUGAGGACUUUUUUUUUUCUUUUCAGUGGAACAUCAGUGGCUGGUCUAGCUUUUGUUCUCUGGUGUGUUUACCACCACCACCACCCACCCCCUCUUCUGCUGCCUAUUAAAAGGCUGAGCAUUCAGCCAUGAUUUAUAAGCUGAAUAGAACAAGAUAGCGUUAUUCUGCUUACAGAAAGGUAUAAAAAUCAAGUUUUGUGAGUUACGAGAGACCCUCAGUGUUCAUGUCCUAACACAAACAUACGCAUUCAUUGUAUGUGGCUUCAACAGCAGUUCAUGUGUUGACAGGUUUAGAAGCAUUUCUGCUUUAUGUACUUGAUCCUCACCCAGAUCAAUAUUUCAUACAUGACAAGACUUGUUUGUAACAAGAGGCUUAUUAUACCUUAUAUCAUCCACAUAGGCUAUAGUAGGUCAAUAAGUGCUCCAGUAUAUCCAGAUGACGCUACAGUUCAGUAUAUCUCCACUCCAGUACAGUGUGUAUCAGUAUAGCCAUGUAAUAUCCACAACUUUCAAAUACACCAAACUUGUCAUUUUUCUUUGCCCUGUGUAGGGUAUGGGACAGUGAGCUCCAGAAGUUGAAGUCAAAGGGGUGGGUUGUGCCUUUAGACAGCCCCCCCCCCCCCCACCUCUGUGGCUACAGAUUAGCCGGCCACCCACCCAUAAAACAAUGCAGACGCCCUAUCAGCCCCACAGGCCUACAGACACCGCUCCACCAUAGGCUGAAAGCAGGUAGUGCUGUGGGUGUGUGGAGUCAGAAAAAGUCAUGUAAAAACAAAAAAGA